GUUCUAACCACAAGUUGAUCCUUCAAGCAACCCCAAUCAGUGGAUUAUCAACAAAGCACAAUCAUGACCAAAAUUACAGCCAAGCAGUACAUCUUGCAGAACUAUGCCAAUUUCCAAGGGCCUGUGAAUCUGGACUACAGUUCUCCAGAUGCCACUUUCAAAUUGGUGACAAAGGAGUACGAUACCGAUGCGACUUUAGAAGCUGGCAAGUUCCUCGUGGAAACCAUAUACUUAUCGAACGAUCCUGCUCAAAAGGGCUGGUUCACACCUUACGAAUCGUACAUCCCUCCGGUGCCAUUGGGGACGGUAGCACCUGCAAGAGGUAUUGGCCGUGUCAUUGCCUCUAACAGUGAGCAAUUUGCGGUUGGUGAUUACAUUAACGGUCCAGUGGGCUGGGCAACUCAUAACAUCUUGGAGCCUACCCCAUUGACCAUCAAGCUGGACGUUUCUAAAGUUCCACAUCUGGUUAAGUACAUCAGUGCCUUUGGUACCACGACGUUGACCGCUUAUUUCACCGCAACAAAGUAUUCUGGUGUGUCGCCAGAGGAUGAAGGUAAAGUGUGGUUGAUCACAGGUGCUGCUGGUGCUGCUGGCUCUUCCUUGUUACAGAUCGUCGCCAACAUUUAUAAACCGAAGAAGAUUCUUGCCGUUGCAGGAGGCGAAACCAAGCGUAAAUGGGUUGAAACUUUGGGUCCAAACAUUGUUGGCCUGGACUACAAGUCCGAGACAUACAAAGAAGACUUCACCAAAGCAUUGGGUGACGACAGAGUCAACGUCUUUGUCGACCACGUUGGUGGAUGGAUCCUGGACCAUGCCACUGGCCACAUGGCUGUCCACGGAAAGAUUGUUCAAGUUGGUGCCAUUUCACGUUAUAACGGUGGUGAUGCAGCAGAUAACGUCUUCAACAACUACUCACAAGUCAUCACCAAAAGAUUGACCAUCCAAGGGAUGGUCCUCAUCGAUGAUCUCAAGGAGGCACCAAGCGCUAUCGGACAGCUGGUCAAUUGGUUCACCUCUGGGAAGCUCAACAUCAACAACUUCCAGGAGACCAUUGUUGAUGCUCAAGGUGACAAGUUCGAGAAGAUUCCCGAGAUUUGGACCGGGUUGUUCUCUGGAAGCAACAAGGGAAAAUACAUCACACAGGUAGCAGCUUAUCCAUAAGCUUGUGUAUAAGAGAAGCUAUUCAGUAAUACGAUCCAGGCGUCAUGAUAUCUAUGUAGAGGGCUU